CUCUCCCUGGCUCCAUAUUGCGGGCAAGCGGGCUGGGGUGUGACGCUGCUCCCCGGUUCAGAAUGUCCUACCCAGGCUACCCCCCCACAGGCUACCCGCCUUUUCCCGGAUACCCUCCUGCAGGUCAGGAGUCAUCUUUCCCCACUGCUGGUCAGUAUCCUUAUCCUAGUGGCUUUCCACCAAUGGGAGGAGGUGCUUACCCACCAGCACCAAGUAGCGGCUACCCGGGAGCUGGGGGCUAUCCUACACCUGGAGGAUAUCCAGCCCCUGGGGGCUAUUCUGGCACCCUCAAUCCAGGGGCAGCUCCAGCCUAUCCUGGAGGUCAAGGCUUUGGGGCCCCACCUAGUGGAGCAGGCUUUUCUGGCUACCCACAGCCCCCUGCACAGUCUUAUGGUGGUGGACCAGCCCAGGUUCCUGUACCAGGUGGCUUUCCAGGGGGGCAGAUGCCGUCUCAGUACCCUGGAGGACAGGCUCCUUACCCUAGCCAGAUCAAUACAGAAUCCUUUUCUUCCUAUCCUGCUUUUUCUCCUGUUUCUUUGGAUUAUAUCAGUGAUCCUGCUGCUAUGACUCAGGGCACCCAAGGAACAAUCCGACCAGCUUCCAACUUUGAUGCUAUGAGAGAUGCAGAAAUUCUCCGCAAAGCAAUGAAGGGGUUUGGCACAGACGAGCAAGCAAUUGUGGAUGUUGUGUCCAGCCGUUCCAAUGACCAGAGGCAACAAAUUAAAGCAGCUUUUAAGACCAUGUAUGGCAAGGAUUUAAUUAAAGAUCUCAAGUCAGAGUUGAGUGGAAAUAUGGAAGAAUUAAUCCUUGCCCUGUUCAUGCCUUCUACAUACUAUGAUGCCUGGAGUUUGAGGAAAGCAAUGCAGGGAGCAGGAACUCAAGAACGUGUAUUGAUAGAAAUUUUGUGCACAAGAACAAAUCAAGAAAUUCGAGACAUUGUUAGAUGUUAUCAGUCAGAAUUUGGACGAGACCUUGAGAAGGACAUUAGGUCAGAUACCUCAGGACAUUUUGAACGUCUCCUCGUGUCCAUGUGUCAGGGAAACCGUGAUGAGAACCAGAGUAUAAACCACCAGAUGGCUCAGGAUGACGCCCAGCGCCUCUAUCAGGCUGGUGAGGGGAGACUAGGGACAGAUGAAUCCUGCUUCAACAUGAUUCUUGCCACGAGGAGCUUCCCUCAACUGAGAGCAACCAUGGAGGCCUAUUCCAGGAUGGCUAACCGAGAUUUGCUCAGCAGCGUAAGCCGAGAAUUUUCUGGAUACGUUGAAAGUGGUCUGAAGGCCAUCUUGCAGUGUGCCCUCAGCCGCCCUGCCUUCUUUGCUGACCGGCUCUACUAUUCCAUGAAAGGCGCUGGCACAGAUGACUCCACCCUGGUGAGGAUUGUGGUCACUCGGAGUGAGAUUGACCUCGUUCAGAUAAAACAGAUGUUCUCCCAGAUGUAUCAGAAGACCCUAAGCACAAUGAUUGCAGGUGAUACGAGUGGAGACUACAGAAAGCUGCUUCUGGCCAUUGUGGGCCAGUGAGAAGGGUUUUUCUUUUCUUUAAUGAAUGAAGCUAUUCAGAGCUUCUCCUUCCAAGCAACGAGACCUGCAUGCAGCUGUGUCCGACACCAUCUGAGCAGAGCAGCUUCUUAUAGAGGACUGUGUCAGGGGUCGUGCUUGCUUUGCACAUGUUGUUACUGCCUUAAUUCUAAUGUUCCUUUUUCUUUCUAUAUCCAAUCAGUGUAAAAGCCAUAUCAGUGAUGUAGCAAUGUUGUAAUACUUAUAAAGCUUCAGUCUCACUGCUAUUAUUUUAAUCAGGAUUUCAAAUUGAAUAAAAAUCACAGUAAUCUAA